UAGCCUGGCAGGCUACCUAGUUGGCUUGAAUCGCACCAUCACUGCCUUGUCAUUGAAGGAGGAGGUGGACAUAGUCCAGCUAUAUACAGCUCUCCAUGUCAUGGACAAGAAGCAUUCGAGCUACACCCAGAAGGCUAGGAAGAAAGGAAAGGCAUCAGGAGGACCGUGGAGAGCACCGAGGAGGCCAAGUGGCUCUGCUCCUGGACAGAUGGCGGCAGAGAGUCCAGAUCAUAUCAUAAUGUGGGAGUCAUGUAUAGUCCCACAGACUGUACAUGACUCACGGCCAAGCAGCCCAGGAUCCCGAACACCACAGGGUGGGGGAGCUAUUACCAAGCAUGAUGCUGCUUCCUCUGGAAACAGCUGUAUGGAGAGCUGGUCCUCUACCUACCAGCCACCCCCAACAAACUACCAGAGCUGGACUUCUUUUCUUCAGGCACCCCCGGAACACUCCCAGGAGUACUCCUCUGCCCAUCAGCUACCCCCAGCUCACACUCAAGGCUGGUCCACUUACCAGGCACCCCUUGCACACUCCCAUGUUUGGUCUUCCACCCAACCACCACCCUCAGCGUCCAACCAGGGCUGGUCUGCCACCCAACCACCACCCUCAGCAUCCUCCCAGGGCUGGUCAUCCACCUCCUACUGUCCUGACCAACCUAUGCUCCCUCACCAAGCACACCCAGAGGCACUAGGUCACCUUAAUCGCCAGCGUGAAUGGCGAUUACACAAGGCAGCCCUUGAGAACCAGGAGCGAAUGAGGAAAGGUGAGCCCCCAAAGAAGCGACCGGCUAAAGAGAGCUACCACUAUGAGUGUAAGCUGUGUUCAACCCAAAUCCAAGCAAACUGGACACUCUCAGUUACGUGGAAAAUGGUACUGCCCUGCAUCCGGACAGAUGCUUGAGGAGUGGAGAAGCUCCUUGUAAUUACCCCAAUAGACAUUAUUUUUUAUUGUAAUAUUUUUUAUUUCUUAUCAGAGAAUAUGUUAACGUUCACUGUUGAAAAAUAAGUAUAUUUGCUGUUGCAAAAAAUAAUAAUAAUUAGUUGCCAUUGCAACUAUUUGCAAAAAAACAAAAACAGAAUAGUUGCUUAUGCAACUAUUUGCAAAAAUA